UCUUGUAAAAACACAUCUAUAUAUUAAAGGAUUCUGGGAUUUUAAGUUCUAUAGCUACAGUACACCUGUGCCUGGACUGAUGAAAAGGUCCAUGCCAAAAUCUCCAUCUCAUACACUGCUUGCCUUUUGCUUCUGGUGCAUACGCCUCUUGUGUUUGGUGGAGAGAUGCAAAGUUCAAGCUGGAACUAAUUUUACAACAGACCCAGAUGAAGAGAGGGCUCUUAAUGCCAUUUUCCAAUAUUGGGGUCUUUCUGAUACUUCUGAUGACUGGAACAUAAGUGGAGACCCAUGUAGUGGGACUGCCGUUGAUCUAUCAAUUAGACUCAGCAACCCUGGGAUCAAAUGUGAUUGCCAAUCCAACGGUGGAGGCACCUGCCACAUAACCGUAAUGAGUGUGCGGGGGUACUCGGCAGAGAGACGGCGGGUAAUUCCUGAAGAGCUCCAGAACCUGACAUACCUUACAAAUUUGACUCUGUCAGAUGGUAGAAUGGAGGGCUCCCUGCCAUCAUUUAUCGGUAAAUUUAGGCACCUGCGCCACCUGGAUAUAAGCUACAGUAACUUCAAUGGUUCGCUCCCACAUGAGAUAGGGACUUUGCCAAGUCUGGAGCACUUGGAUAUAAAGAGAGCUGGCUUCAAGGGUUUGCUCCCACCCGAGCUGGGGAAUCUGUCAAGGCUGCAACAACUGGAUAUAAGCUUCAAUGGCUUCAACGGUUUGCUCCCACCUGAGCUGGGGAAUUUGUCAAGUUUGCAAGAACUAUACAUGAGGGGCAUCGGGCUAAGUGGUGAGAUUCCUUCAACAUUUGCUAAGUUGAGAAACAUAAAGAUCUGGUCGGCAUCUGGUAGCCAGUUGACAAAGAUACCUAAUUUCAUUGGGAAUUGGAAUCUUACCGAUUUGGAUGUGUCAAAUAAUUCCAUGACGGGUCCCUUGCCAGCAUUCAUCGCCAACAUGACGAGCAUGCUUUCCUUGGAUGUCUCAGAAAAUUACAUGACGGGUCCCUUGCCAGCAUCUAUUGGCGAUUUAACGAACUUGACCUACCUGGAUGUCUCAGAAAAUUACAUGACGGGUCCCUUGCCAGCAUUUAUCGGCAAUUUAACGAGCUUGACCUCUCUUUACGUUAGCAUGAAUGCCAUGUCAGGGAGCAUCCCCAAAGAGCUGGGAAACCUUCGGAAUCUAAUCACCUUGGAUAUAAGCUCAAACAACUUCAAUGAUUCGCUCCCACCUGAGCUGGGGAAUUUGACAAGUCUGCAAGAACUACGCAUUGAUAGCUGCGGGCUAAGCGGCCAGAUUCCUUCAACAUUUGCCCGCUUGAGAAACCUGAAUACCUUGUUGGCAUCUGAUAACAACUUCACAGGAAAAAUACCUGAUUUCAUUGGGAGUUGGGCUCUCACGGAUUUGAGUAUGCAAGGCAAUGCUUUCGAGGGUCCCUUACCAUCCAGUUUUUCUAAUUUGACGUCACUGAACUAUUUGAGGCUCAGUGAUGUGUCUAAUGGGAGCUCCUCGUUGAAUUUUAUUGAGAAUAUGACAUCUUUAUGCAUCUUAGUCCUAAGAAACAAUAUGCUUUUUGGUACUAUCCCGUCCACAAUUGGAAAACAUCAAUCAUUGAAGCAUAUGGAUUUGAGCUUCAACAAUUUAAGUGGCCCAAUUCCACCGUCGCUGUUCAAUAUAAGUUCACUUGUUAACUUGUUUCUUGGAAACAACAGCUUAUCCGGUACACUGCCGUUCCAAAAAAGCAAUACACUUCUUAAUAUAGAUUUAUCAUACAAUUAUUUAUCAGGAAGCUUUCCAUCUUGGGUUUCAGAAGAAGUCUUAAACUUGAACUUGGUAGCUAAUAAUUUCAUAUUCAAUGAUUUUAACAGCAGUGGUUUGCCCUUAAGCUUGAAUUGUCUUCAGCGAAGCUUUCCAUGCCAUCAGAAAUCUCCAAUCCAGUCUUCAUUCGCGAUAAGGUGUGGUGGACCCCCAAUGAAAACUAACGACACAGAGUAUGAGGGGGACAAUGAACCUCUGGGCCCAUCAACCUUUAAGGCCAGCACAGAUAAGUGGGCCGUCAGCAAUGUAGGAAUAUUUGCUUCAAGCAGCUACGGAGAUGAUUACAUGUUCGAAGGCAGCAACAGAAAAUAUAACAGGCACACUGAGGGUGUAUUUCCGAAUACAACAGACUUGGAGCUAUUCAAAUACGCAAGGAUAUCACCAGGAUCGCUGAGAUAUUAUGGUCUGGGGCUUGAAAACGGGAACUACACUGUAAAUAUGAAAUUCGCAGAAACAGAAUUUCCAGAUUCAAAAACUUGGAAGAGCGUUGGAAAGCGUGUUUUCGAUAUUUAUCUUCAGGGCAAUCUGGCAUGGAAAGACUUUGAUAUAAAAAAAGAAGCAGGUAUUGUCUUCAAAGGCAUUGAGAAGAAACAGUGGGUUAUGGUAAAUGAACAUAUUCUUGAAAUUCAUUUUCUUUGGGCUGGAAAGGGGACUUGCUGUAUACCUUUGCCGGGCACUUACGGACCUGCUAUCUCGGCCAUCCAUGUUACUCCUAAUUUCGACCCGACUGUCAGGACUCGACGAAAGAAGAACAAGACUGCUUUGGUUGUUGAAAUUUUGGCUUCUGUUGUUCUGAGCAUUGUAUCUGUUUCUGUAUUUUUGAUUUGGAAAAGGAGUAGAAGGUUGAGUGUUGAUGAAGCUGAAGAGUUUCUAGGAAUGGGUCCCAAACCAAACACUUUCAGUUACGGGGAACUGAAGACGGCCACCAAAGACUUCAGUCCGGCAAAUAAGCUGGGACAGGGAGGAUUUGGGCCCGUUUUUAAGGUUACAUUACUCGAUGGGCGGAUAGUGGCUGUAAAGCAACUCUCGGUAACAUCUCGCCAAGGAAAGAGUCAGUUUCUAGCAGAGAUUGCCGCUAUAUCUGCCGUCCAACAUCGAAACCUGGUGAAAUUGUACGGAUGCUGCAUCAAGGGAGCUAAUCGGCUCCUUGUUUAUGAGUAUCUAGAAAACAAGAGCCUGGAUCAAGCACUCAUCGGAGAGAGUAAAUUGCAUCUGGAUUGGCAUACACGCUUUGAGAUAUGCUUGGGGACAGCAAGAGGUCUUGCUUACCUUCACGAGGAAUCCAGGCCCCGCAUUGUUCAUAGGGAUGUCAAAGCCAGUAAUAUUCUGCUUGAUGCUAAUCUCAAUCCAAAGAUAUCAGAUUUUGGUUUGGCCAAGCUCUACGAUGACAAGAUGUCCCACAUCAGUACCCGUGUCGCAGGGACAAUCGGCUACAUCGCACCAGAGUACGCCAUGCGUGGGCAUCUGACGGAGAAGGCUGAUAUAUUUGGAUUCGGAGUCGUUGCUCUGGAGAUUGUAAGCGGAAGGCCAAACCCAUGUGAGAACGUGUAUCCAGAGAAUAUGUAUCUCGUCGAAUGGGCUUGGCAUCUCCAUGAAAACAACUGUGCAUUGGAACUGGUUGAUCCAACACUAUCCAACUUUGAUGCAGAAGAGGCAGCUCGGAUGAUCGGCAUUGGUCUUCUAUGUAUCCAGGCAUCACCAUCACUACGGCCGCCCAUGUCACGGGUGGUGGCCAUGCUGCAGGGAGACAUUGAAGUGAGCACCGUCACGUCAAAGCCAGGCUACUUAACUGAUUUGCCACCCAAUUUUACAAGCAGUUUCAUGAGUGACGGCACUUUGACAGCAUCGACUAGUGUAACUUCCAGCAGCCAAAAGUUAUCACCCGCGAAUGAAAGCAUCUCACCCUGUGAACCUUUGAGCUUAUGCGUUUCGAGGUUGACCGCAUCCGAUCUCUCCAUACAUGCAUAAAUAUAUGUGCAUGUAUAUAAGACAACAUAUUUAGACCCAGGCGGUUUGGUUGUUGGUAUUUGAUACAUGUUUUGCAUUUAUUUAAGUCACGUUUGGAUGAUAA